AUGUCGCUUCCUCACGAGUGCACAGAAGACUGCGGCAUGCUAACCAGCACUCCCCCCACACAUUCACCACCUCCCUCCUCCCCCUCGCCCUCACAGCGAAAUCUUCGUGGACUGCAUCUGUGGCUGGGUGCUGCCAUUAGUCACUAUCCUGGUAACGACCUCGCUCAGCUGAAGGCCGUCCUGCGCCGGGGGUUGUCGCCUCCUCGACGCCGAGCUCCCGAAGGAGGAGGAGUCGCUGCCAGCGGCUCUUGCCUUGAUUUCUACCGCGCCCUUGCGCUGCAUGCGGCGGCGCCUCGUCUUCGAGAUGGACACGAAGGCCACGUCCGCCUCGCCCGCGGCCUGCGCGGGCUCGGAGCCCGUGGAGUUGCUCGCGCCGCUCGCAUUGCCGGCGCCCGCCGCACUGGACCGCUGCUGCUGCCACGCGCGCGCGGCCGCGCUGCGCAGGGACUCGCCCCCAGCGGCGUCGAGGCUACCCGCCAAGGCGGCCUGGGACUGGUCCGCGGAGGACUCGCCUGGGACGUGGCGGCGCUGGUCCCGUCGGUGGAGACGCCGGGGUCGGAGCUGGGCCGCUGGGGUAGCUCCAGGGUCUCCAUCCAGGGGGACUUGCAGUCCAGGAAGGUGUUCUUUGUGGUCAG